UAAGGUAGACAAAGACAACUGACAAUUGACAAACAGUUUGACAGAUGACAAAAUCAGUAAUGAGCAGUAAUGAGUAAUGUAAUGUUUAUAAAAGUUUUCCAGAAAUUUUAAAAGCAUUUUUUUAUAGUUGUGAGUUACUGAAGAAGAUUUCUGGAUAUAACCUAAAAAUGCCGAAAUACUACUGUGAUUACUGCGAUACUUACCUAACUCACGAUUCACCUAGUGUGCGAAAAACUCAUUGUACUGGCAGAAAACAUAAAGACAAUGUCAAAUUCUUUUACCAAAAAUGGAUGGAAGAACAAGCCCAACAUUUAAUCGAUGCCACAACGGCUGCCUUCAAAGCUGGUAAAAUUGCAAACAACCCAUUUGCUCAACCUGGAAAGGGAGUAGCCAUUCCACCACCGGCACAACUUACCAUGGGUCAGAGACCACCUGGAGCACCUGGAGGUCCGGGUAUGAUGCCACCAGCAGGUAUGGGUCCAGGUCCAGGCCCAAUGCCCCCAAUGAUGAUGGGCCCCCAUGGACCAAUGCCUCCUAUGAUGGGAGUAAGACCACCUAUGAUGGGAAUGAUGCCAAUGGGGCCUAUGGGUCCAAUGGGUCCAGUUCGACCACCUAUGGGUCCAUCAAUGAAGAAUUAGAUCGAGUAUUAGAAUUUAAGAUUCCUUUGGUUUAUUUCAAAGUAUUCACUGUAAAUAUGUGUUUAUUUUAAAUACUUAAGUUUAGUUUUUGUACUUUUAUUUUGUCAAUAAAAGGUUUAUCUUGUCAAUACA